AAACUCCAAAAGAGCUGCAAGACGACACAAGUGGUGAAGGCCCACAUGAGACAUAGCGCUUCAGUUUGGUCCCCCACUCAAAAGCUGCUUUUAAACAUGGAGCACUUGGAAAACUCGACAGCUUCCCCCAAACCCCACUUCCCGCACACGCAGAUCAACGAGGAAUCCCAUGAAGACAAAAGCGACGGGAACACGUACCUGUACAUAUUAAUAGUCAUGUCUUUCUACGGAGUCUUCCUCUGUGGUAUAAUGCUGGGCUACUUCCGCUCCAAGAGGAGGGAGAAGAGGAGGGUCAACAUAUUCACGCGGCUGGUGCACGAGGAAGAACAGCGGGAGUGGGGUGCCUUGCCCAAGAAGUACAGCCUCAGCUGCCCCGCCGCGGCCUCGGGACUACGCUCGGUACAGGUGUCUCUGCCUUUCUAUAAUAACCACGGCAGCUAUUUUGGGAAUCUCCAUUAUGAGAGCGCGCUGCCUUCUCCGCUGGCCUGCGUGCUGUGCACGGAGCAGAGCAGCAUCAGCUCCUUGUGCUCCUCCGCGGACACGCGCCUCACCAUAGAGGAGGAGUCCGACAGCGGAACGGCGGAGGGACCGGAGGAGAGCGUUAAGGCAGGGUCCGAGAACAGCGGGGAUGAUUCAGGCUGAACUUUGCCCCCCAGAAGACGAGAAACAUCACCAAGAUCAGGAAGUCCUCUGGCGUCUUACUAUCAAAGAGCCCAACAUCAACAUCCAAGCCAACAUUAUCUAUGAUAUGAUAUCCAUGAAAGGGCUGGGAACUGUCAAAGAAGCCUGAGUGUUUAAGAUGCUGCUCUCAGGCCACUUAGAGGGGGCAUUUUUGUUUGAUGUGUCAUGGUUAUGACCGAGUGCCCAGCAGCAGCAUGAAACCACAGAUAGACACCAGGUUAGACCACAUAUUUAAAUAUGUAUCCCUGCUUUUAUUUAAAAUGGCAAUAUGAGAUGCAUAUGUCAUUUUACAUGUUAUAUGCUGGAAUAACUUCCAGGUGAAUUCUGUUCAUGUUAAACUCAGAUAUGCUUAGUAGAAGUCAAUCAGAUUUUACGUACUUAUUUACCAUUAUACUAUAUGAUUUCACUGUAUUGAUGAUUUUUUUUUUUUUUUUUUUUACCUCAUUCUGUGGUGACCCCUCCCUGCUGGAGCUCUCCCCCCACACCCACCCCCUCCUGACGCCACACUGAGCACCACUGCGCUGGUUUGGGCUGAUGACUCACCCUGCUGCAGGAGCAGGAGUGGAAGACAGAGGGGUUUUUUUUUUUUUUUUUUUUUCCUCUUUUUUGGAAGAUUUUUGGUCUGAAGCUGAACUUGACUCUUUCUGGCCCACCCGGCCUUUAGUUUUUAGUUUAGUUUUUUUUUUUUUUUUUAAAUCCUGGAACCCACUUGAAAAAUGGUGUAAACUCUAAUGUAACUGUAGAUUUGUACACACACACACACACACACACAUCGGUGAGUUAGGUUUACUUGAUGGAACCACUGCACUGUACAUAUGUUUGUAUUUGUCACACUGUAAGGCUUAAUUUAAAGUAGAAUCUCUGUAGCGGUGCAGAAAGAAUAAAUGCUUUUGAACUGAAA